CAGCAGCCCUGUUGUCCCUGCCAGCAGUGUCUGCUGCUGCUGGAUCCCUGCCAGGAGCCAGAUCCCAUUCCCUGCACCAGCAGAGGUGCCAGGCUGGUCCCUCUGGGGGCAGACCCGGGGCAGGUCGGUGACAGCACCCCCUGAGCCCCCGGGAUCCCAAAUCUCUCUGGUUUAGUGGAGAAGGGGCAGGAAUGUGGGUUUGCUUCCGAAGCAGUGAAAGCCCCAGUGAGGGGGUGAGGGGUUGCUUCCUCCACCCACACCUUGGGCUGCCAGUUGCCCUUUUCUUUUCUGGGUUUGAGCUUUUUAAUGUUUGCAGACUUGCAAACCUUGCCUGAUCUUUGGUUACCCUGGUGCAGGCACCUCGUGGCUUUGCUCUGUGUCCUGAUAAGCAUCUUCAAAAACUGCUUUGAAACCCCCGUUUCCUCUUUACUUCUUAAUCAGAGCCCGGAUCUGCGACUCAUUCUGUGAAAAGCUGGGGGUUCUUUUGGUAAAAGUGAACUCACCUUUCAAGAGGGACGAAGCUCAAACCACCCCGAUGCUGCUCAAUAAAAUGUUCAAGGGUUCGUUGGCACCUUUCCCCAGAAGAACAAUCCCAGCCCUGCUCUUACCAUAACCCUGGAAUCCCGUGCCCUCCCCUCAGCCCCCGUUUGUCCGCCCCGUGUCCAUGGACCAGGCGCCGGGCUGGAGGACCCCCCCCCACCUCAAGCUGCUGCUGCUGCCUUGGUUUCUCUGGGAUUGAAGGUGCUCCAUGAACCAGGGCCCCCCAAAUGAGUCAAACGGCCAAUUCCUGCCAGCAGCUGGUUGAGAACUGCCCGGCGCCCGUGGCGGGGAUGGCACAGGAGGACGGUCGCCGCGGGCAAGUGCCACCCACCUUCUACCACGGGGCCAGCCAGGAGCUCGACCUGUCCACCAAGGUGUACAAGAGGGAGUCAGGGAGCCCCUACUCUGUGCUGGUGGACAGCAAAAUGAGCAAGCCCCACCUCCACGAGAGAGAGGAGCAGCCUUAUUUCAGGGAGAACAGAGCGGUAGGAGAGGUCCGGGCUGUGAAAGAAGACAGAGAAAACUCUGACGACUCUGAGGAGGAAGAGGAGGAGGAAGAUGAAGUGACUUACAAAAGGGAGCAGAUUAUAGUAGAGGUAAACCUUAACAACCAAACCUUAAAUGUAUCAAAAGGGGAGAAGGGUGUCCCCUCCCAGUCCAAAGAGACUGCUGUUCUUAAGACCAGCAGUGAGGAAGAGGAGGGUGACAGUGGGGAAGAGGCCACUGAAGACAGUAAUGAUUAUGAGGAAAAUGAGAGGCAGAAGAAAAAAGAGAAAAGAGUGGAAAAAGUUAGUGUUGCACAAAGGAGAACGAGGAGAGCUGCCUCUGCUGCAGCAGCCACCACCUCCCCACCACCCAGAACUACAAGGGGUCGUAGAAAGAGUGUGGAGCCCCCCAAGCGUAAGAAGAAAACUGCAAAGGAGCCCAAGGCACCUGUGCAGAAAUCAAAGUGUGAAGAGAAGGAGACUUUAACCUGUGAGAAGUGCCCCAGGGUGUUUAACACACGCUGGUACCUGGAGAAGCACAUGAACGUCACUCACAGGCGAAUGCAGAUCUGCGACAAAUGUGGGAAGAAAUUUGUGCUAGAAAGUGAGCUGUCCCUUCACCAGCAAACUGACUGUGAAAAAAAUAUCCAGUGUGUUUCCUGUAACAAAUCCUUCAAGAAGCUCUGGUCCCUCCAUGAACACAUCAAGAUUGUCCAUGGAUAUGCAGAGAAGAAGUUCUCCUGUGAGAUCUGUGAGAAGAAGUUCUACACCAUGGCCCACGUGCGGAAACACAUGGUUGCACACACCAAGGACAUGCCAUUUACAUGUGAGACCUGUGGGAAGUCCUUCAAGCGCAGCAUGUCCCUCAAGGUCCAUUCCCUGCAGCACUCGGGGGAGAAACCCUUCCGCUGUGAGAACUGUGAUGAGAGGUUCCAGUACAAGUACCAGCUGCGCUCCCACAUGAGCAUCCACAUUGGGCACAAGCAGUUCAUGUGCCAGUGGUGUGGCAAAGACUUCAACAUGAAGCAGUACUUUGAUGAGCACAUGAAAACACACACUGGAGAGAAGCCCUUCAUCUGCGAGAUCUGCGGGAAGAGCUUCACCAGCCGGCCCAACAUGAAGCGGCACCGGCGGACGCACACGGGGGAGAAGCCGUACCCGUGCGACGUGUGCGGGCAGCGCUUCCGCUUCUCCAACAUGCUCAAGGCGCACAAGGAGAAGUGUUUCCGCGUCACCAGCCCCGUCACCGUGCCCGCGGCCGUGCCCAUCCUGCUCUCCUCCUCCUCCUCCCCCGCCGCCGUGCCCGCCGUGCCCGGGCCCCCCUCGGCCCCCGCCCCGCCCGUGCCCCUGAGCCCCGUGGGCGCCGCUCCCCCCCGGCCCGUCCCGCACCCCUACUCGCACCUCCACCUGCACCCCCACGCCCACCACCCCCACCACCUGCCCGUGCCCCCCGUGCCCCACCUGCCUCCCCCCCCGGCCCUGUUCAAGAGCGAGCCCCUGAACCACCGCGGGCAGGGCGAGGAGCCCUUCCUGCGGCACCUGGAGAAGAACAGCCCGGCCCAGCACCACUGACGGCCCCGCGGCGCCCGCGCUCCGGGGGCACGGGGGGCACGGGGGGCACGGGGGAUCUCUGGCCUGGCUCCCCAAUUCCCCAGAAUCACUCAACGAGGAGAAACAAAACACCCCGGUUUUGGUCGGCGCCCGUUUCUGAACCCGGGGACCAACAGGACCGAGGGAAAAACCCCCACCUGGGUCGUGGUUUCUUUUUCCCCCCCUCCUCCCGGUGACUUUUAUGAAUUUCAGACACUGAGACUCGUGGAAUUUUAUAAUUUCAUAUCAGCUGAUGAGGUAUGCUUGCUUUUAUAUCCCGGACUUCUCCUCAAAGAGGAGACAGGCCUGGUUUUCUUUGUACUAAUCGGAAAGGCUGUGAGAUUAAUACAGAGCAUUAAUUGUAUCACUGUGUAUGUAACGGAUUCCUUUCAGCUUCUGGUAUCACGGUAUAUUGGAGCAUUAUAAAGAAAGGCAAAAAAAAACCCCUCCUUGUUUUGUGUAGCUCUCCUAACACACUCUUUAUUUUACUACAGAAAUUAUUUUAGAGUUUUUUGUAUAGACCUAUUUAGUAGUCUGUUUCUAAAAACGAAAAUUGUAUUUCAAUAAGCGGUGUAAUUUUUUCAGUGUAGCUGGACCUAUGUUGUAUAAUAGAUAAAUUUUUAUAAUCAUCGAAAAA